GGUCUGUGAACCGUUGCUCCCCCAACAUUUGAAAACAAUCAGCAACGGCUACUUUCUCCAUCUUCCUUCUCCGACCUCCCUCACCAUUUCUCACUUGAAUCAGCUCCAUUGUUUCCGGUGACAAUGAGCAACUCCAUUGCCGCAGUUGUUCCAGGGUCAACGGCGGAUCAGGGGGCUCCUCCUCCUCCUCCUCUGCCUCACCGCCGCCCAAGAGUUAGAGAGGUCAGCUCCAGGUUUAUGUCUCCAGCCGCUUCUUCAUCUGCCGGUGAUCUCCACUCUCUGACCAUGAAGUCACCUAUAUCCAGAUCUAAUCACUCAGUCUCAACUCCGGUGCCUGAAAGAUCAUCAAAACCCUCACCCUCUCAGAGACGCCUGGUGCUGCGCAGCCAUGAACAUGAACCUCUUUCUUCUUCUGCUUCUUUUUCUUCUUCUCACGAAAACAUCCCAGAGACUUUUCGGAGCAUGGACACCCCGUUUCAGCACGCUAAACCUGAUACCUUUCCGAUUCACCGGAAACAAAGUGCCAAAGAGAAUGGAUUUGGAGUUCAGAAAUUUAAAUCAACCUCUCUGAGAACAGGCAAAUCUUCCAGAUCUGAUACGCCAAUAGCUACGACAGAUAGGAUCGUUCCCUCAAGGUUCAGGCUCCCACAGCGUCAGACGACGAGUUCAUCGGUAACUGAUGCUGCUAAACUCUUGCAAUCGACGGGAUUGUCCUUCUCAUCGUCCAAUCUCAGCUCCAAUAAUGAUACCGCUAUAGCAAUUUCUCAGAGCUUUGUUGAAUCCCAACCUCCCUCAAACGAAUCGGAACAGAUGCACGGGGGUUCAACUUCGUGCCCUAAUUCCCCAAUCUCCUCCCAACACACCAGAACAUGGCCUCUUCCGGAUACGAGAUCUUCCAUGACAGCCGAAGAUACAUUAUCCACCAGAUUGAUCGUUCGAAGUAGCAGUUGCAGCAGCACCACCGACGUUGGCAAUUGUCCUCCAUUAUCCAAGUUUUCUUCGUCUUCCCUUUGCUCCCGAUCUCUUAAUUUGUCAAUAUCCUCUUGUCAGAAUUCUUUCAAAAGCAACUCUCUGCCACCACAACCCACCAGUAUGAAACUCGGUGUUGAUUCAAGGAAGGCAAGGAAACCUCAAUCUUCCCAAGAAGAUAUCCAUUCUUUAAAAUUGCUUCAUAAUCAUUACUUGCAAUGGAGAUACGCAAACGCUAAAGCACAAGUCACUAUGCAAACCCAGAAAACGUCAAUGGAGAAUCAACUAUUUUCCUUUGGAGCUGAUAUAGCUCAUCUACGUGAGACUGUGAAGAAGAAGCAAGCUGAACUUGCAAUACUGCAACGCAUAAAAGCAGUUUCCACCAUUAUUGAGGCUCAGAUGCCUUAUCUUGAUGAAUGGUCUGGUUUGGAGGAAGAUUACACAUGUUCCUUAUCAGGAACAACCAGUGCUUUGACCAACUCAUUGCUUCGGCUUCCUGUAACUGGAAAUGUUCAGGUUAACAUAAAAGAAGCAGCUGAGGCUCUUGAUUCAGCAGUAAAAACUACAGAAAUGAUAGUUGACCACAUGCAAACAUUCCUGCCUAAGGCAGAAGAAAUGGAUAGUUUGAGCUCAGAAUUAGCGACAGUUAUCAACAUAGAAAAAGCACUUGUAGAGGAAUGUGGAAAUUUAUUGGCAAACACACAUACAUCACAGGUGAAAGAGUGCAGUAUACGGGGACAUCUAAUUCAAUUACAUUGUAGCAAUGUUUCUAAACAAUAAUAACAAGACACAUUCGGGUGUUAAGUCUAUUCUGAGUGUGAAAAGAAAAGAAAAGAAAAGAAGAGAACAAGAUUUGUAUUCUAUAUAGUUACAAGAUAUAAUAAAAUGGUCAUUUUGCGUGC